AUGCUGUUCAAACUCAAAAAAAUGACCGACAAUCAUCGAAUCCCCAUAUUACCGAAUGAUAAGCUAGCGCUUUCACCUAUAGGCUGUUUGAUGGCCCUAUUAAAAGAGAACUCGCUAUAUAUCUACAAAAUAAACGGUGAGAUUCUUCGGAUUAUCGAAAUUGAUGGCAAGAAAAUCAAGCAAAUAUAUUGGAUAGGAUCGAAUAUCAUUAUCAUUAGCUCAAAGUCGAUUAAGAUGUACAGUCUUACAGAAGGAAGGAUAAUCUACAAGAAAAAGAUACUGGUAAAAGGCACAAAUGUGAAAAAUAAUCGAUUGGUUGUAGCCACAGAUGAUAGCUUCUUAGUGUUUGUUGUUAACGCGAUGGAGUUAUUGGAACAAAGAACCGCAAGCUACAAAACUGUCCUGAACAUAUUUGGGCAGAUUCAUAGUCUUGAAGCAAGGCCAACAAAAAUGGAUAGAAGAUCGCUAGUACUUAGGAAGAUGCACAUGCCGGUAUUCAAAGUAAAAAACGAGCACACCAAUUCUAUCAUGCCGAAUAAGUCAACGAGUGAGCUUAAAGUUCCGAACAAGCAAUUUGUAUUCAGCGAUAGCACCGUAGUGAUAAGGCGUAGAUCAGUUACCAUUACCUAUAAAAGCAGUAAAUUAGCGAUUUACAAGCAGGGCAAGAAGGUAAAAUCAUUUGUUGAUAAUAUACGACAAAUAGUUGUGCUCAAGAACCUGAUUGUAUUUACAACCAAGGAAUGUAUCAGUGUGUAUGAUUUCAAGGUUUUGAAGAAAAUACCGAUACGGAAUGCUUCUAUAUACGGGAUCAGAUCCGGUGCAUUGGUAGUCACUCGCAACAAAAUAUACCUGUUAGAUCAACUGUAUGAUUAUAAUAGCGCCCUACUUAGAAUUUGUAAGAGCGCAUGUCUGGUAUACAGAAAUGAAACUGUGCACAACAUAAUUGAUACACUUCAGUUCACAAAGAACUACAACGAACUUCUGGAAAUAUGCUCUUGCUAUCGGUUCAGACCACACAGCUUUGUCGAGUCCUACCUCAAACUGCUAAUUUGUGGCGGUGAACUGGAUAGCGCCAUAAUCGUUCCUAUGAAAAAUAUUUUUGAAACGUACAAGUUCACCUCGUUCUAUGAAAUGGCACUAAUUGCCCAGCAGCAUAACAGAGUAUUAUUUGCUCAAUAUCUUAUAAGACAAGAACAGAACAUCUAUAAAAAGGUGCAUUUUUUGAUCAGGUACAAAGACAACAAUUUUCUUUCCAAGGUCGUAUCAGAAGAAACGAAUCACAUGUUCUUGCGCUAUUUGUUCUCCAGCAUGCGGCUAAAUCUGAGUAAAAAUGAUAUACUGUCAAUUGUAAGAGAAGACAAUUCUUAUCUGAAGUACAAAAACUACAUUAAGCACUUUGAAGAUGAAUAUCUGGAAUUUUUGAUGAAGAGUUCAAGGUAUGAUGAGCUCUUCCACUUCAAAUUGGAGCGCAAUAUGAUUGAUCCACACAUUCCUUUAAAGAAGGCUUUCAAUACAAAAAUCGUCAGUAUCCUUGGUAAGUUUUAUUUUCUCAAAAACUACAUCUCAAAGUAUUAUGACUAUGAUGUAGGAACAGUUGAUCAUGCAAUUAUGUUCUUACUCAGCAAUAACGAUAAGAAAAAUGCAUUUUCGUUGAAAUACGCUUCUGUGAUGUGCAAAGAAAAGUUUGAUUAUUUGAAAAAUUCCAUUUCGCAAUGA